GUGAAAAAUUUUUUUUGUCCCGUCUUUCAAGAAUCCCUGUAUUAUUGUAUUGAUACAAUUCUAUUAUAGUAACUAUCAUAUUACUGUAUUUUCCCUUCCCCUCAACAGUCACCUCCAAGCAUGGAUGAUUACCUUCAUUUGUGCUCGAUUUUCACGGAUGAGGAGAUGAGCUUCUACAACAUCACUAAUUGUGAAUUUGUCAAGCCUGAGGACCCUGGUCCUAUGCUGGGGCUCCGUCACCUCUCCGCCCUGGUGUUCUAUGGCUUGGUCUUCCUGCUUGGGGUCCCGGGCAACGCUCUGGUGGUGUGGGUGACGGGCUUCCGCAUGCCGCGCUCCGUCACCUCUCUGUGGUUCCUCAACCUGGCCCUGGCUGACCUGCUGUGCUGCCUGUCCCUGCCCCUCCUCAUGGUGCCCCUGGCCAUGGACCAGCACUGGCCCUUUGGCCCUGUGGCCUGCAAGCUGCUCAAGGGCCUCAUCUACCUGGUUAUGUACUGUAGCGUGCUGCUGCUGGUACUCAUCAGCCUGGACCGCUGGCUGCUGGUCAGCCGGCCCGUGUGGUGCCAGAACUGGAGGAGGCCUCGCAAGGCCGGCUGGGUAUGUGUCGGGGUGUGGCUCCUGGCUCUGCUGGGCAGCAUCCCCCAGUUUGUCCAUAUGAAGGAGGUCCAGUUAAGCACCAGUAAGUCAGACUGCCUGGGAUCUUACACUGUAGCCAGUGGCUGGGCUAUCACUACAGUACGCUUCCUGAUGGGUUUCGUGCUGCCAUUCGUCACCAUCGUGGCGUGUCAUUGGGUUGUGUACAGCAGGGCCGGACGGGGGUCUGGGGUGGGGUCAGGGAUGGUGAGUGAGGUGCGCUCCAGACGCACCUUGAGGGUCAUUGUUGCCGUGUCACUGAGCUUCUUCCUGUGCUUGAUUCCACUGCACAUGCUGGACUUCCUGGUUCUAUCGACCCCCCGACACUCAUCGCACAGCGCCAACGUACAGCUGGCCCACACCCUGGCCCUCUGUCUGGCCUACUGUAACAGCUGCUUCAACCCUCUGCUAUAUGUGUGUCUGGGACAAGGCUUUAAGGAGAGUAUGCGCAGUAUGUUCAACUUCGUCACCGAGGAGCCGGUAUCCAGACAGAGCAAGUCCAAGAGCACAUCAGGAAGAACCCAAGAGAUUAAUAUUAUGUGUGGCCUCCCGAGUGGCACAGUGGUCUAAGGCACUGCAUCGCAGUGCUAGCUGUGCUACUAGAGAUC